AUGUGGAGUGUGAGCGGAUCUAGUGGCGAGGAAGACGAAGCUUUGCAACCGGCAUACUCCUCCCAGGGCUCAGUAAUCGUCCACAAUAUCGCAAAAGACCUUCGCACCGUUUUACAACUCCCAACCGACGACCUACCUUUCAAGUCCUUCCACAUACCAUCACGCGUCGUCACCUCCCCCCUCCACUUCCUCUACCUAACCGCCUACUUCCGCAGUAGCAUCCCUUCCCUCGCCCUCCAUAACCGCACCUUCUUCAUCCACCGCACCUUUCUAAGCCAUCCAAUUCCCCCGCCCCUCCAAUCUGCACUCUCCACCUGCGCCCUCUCAACCCUACACUCGCCCUCCACCUUCUCCAUCCUCGCCUCCCACCUCAGGACCCUCAUCGCCUCCUCCUAUACAACCUUCUACUCCCCCACCGCAAUCCUACACUCCGUCCAAGCCCUUAUCAUAUUCCAAACUAUCCGUCUCCUCUCUUCAGACCAUCAGCACAUCUUCGACGCCGAAACUGACUUCCUCCGCCUCAAUAAAUGGACAAUCACCCUCCAAACAGCCUACUUCUCCUUACCUUCACCUUCUACUUCAUAUGCGGAAUGGAUCCUGAAAGAAAGUAGCCGCCGCACGAUCCUUACAUCUGUGCUCCUGAGAUCUCUAUACUGCACCACCAAAGAUGGAUAUACGGAAUUAGUCCCCUUGUUAGGUUCGCUGCCGGUGUCGUUAAAUGGGGGGCUUUGGGAGAUGGACGGGGAGGAAGGGGAGUGGGAGCCAAGUUGGGGGGAAGAAUUAGGCACGUAUUGGGAGUAUGUGGUAAGGUGGAGUAAGGGGGUUGUCGGAGGGGAGGGGCGAGAGAAGGAUGAUUUUGAGCGGGUUCUGUUGUGCUUAGAGGAGGACGGGAGGGUUGGGGAUGCGGGAUCGGAAUUACUUAGGAGUGUGAGAUCUGGCGGAUUUUGCUAA